AUGGGCUCGAAAAAGAGAAAGCUGGCGCAGGUGGCCGCCGAGGUCACCGACGGCGCGCGAGCACCCGAAAAGACUGCCCAGAAAGCAUUUUUCAAGAAUGCUUCAAAUUGGAACUUAGAGCAAGACUACGAGUCGAGACCGCGCAAGGGCAAGAAGAAGGAGCCGAAGGAGAGCAACAAGCUGCCGAUCAAGACGGCCGACGGUCGACUAGAGAUCUUGACCAGUCUCGACGCCGAGGGCGACGACGUUUCGGUCGAGAGCGACACCGACUGGCUUGAAGGCCGCGAGGAAGAUGCCGAAUGGGAGCCCGAGGAGGAUGAGAAAGAGGCAGUUCCGACGAUCCCCGAAUCGCAGCAAAUUCUCGAGGCACAGGAAGAAAUGGCGAAGCUCGCCAUGGCUCUGAACGAAAAUCCCGAGGAUAACAUUGCCUCGUUGAAGGCACUUGCCAAGUACGGCGAGGCGGACAUCACAGCCAUCCAGAUGCUUGCGCUCAUGACGCAAAUGGCCGUCUACAAGGACAUUAUCCCCGGCUACCGUAUAAGACCACUCGGAGAAGAUGAGCAAAAAGGAGAGAUUUCAAAAGACGUUCGAAAAUUACGGCAGUUUGAGCAGUCCCUUGUCUCUGGCUACCAGCACUACGUCAAGGAGCUGAACCGCAUCGCUCGCCUGGGCGUCAGGGCCAAGACCCCCGGGGCGCAGAGCAUCUCCAACAUUGCCUACACCUGCGCCUGCGCUCUCCUCACCGCGGCGCCGCACUUCAACUUCCGCACCGAGCUGCUCAAGAUUCUCGUCUGGAAGCUGAGCAAGCGCCGCAUCGACGACGAUGCCGACAAGUGCCUGCAGGCCCUCGAGACGCUCUUUCGCCAGGACGACGAGGGCCGUCCGACCAUGGAGGCCGUCUCGCUGCUCACCAAGAUGAUGAAGUCGCGCGAGUACCAGGUCGACCAGGUCGUGCUCAACCUGUUCCUCGCUCUGCGGUUACUAUCCGAGUUCCGCGGCACCGCCUCCAAGGACCGCGUCGACAAGGAGGGCGAGGAUGCCGACGACGGCGCCGCGACUGCACAGCUCUCGUACAAGAUGAGGAAGAAGCAGCGCGAAUUCCGCACCAAGCGCGAGCGCAAGGUGCUCAAGGAGCAAAAGUCCAUCGCCAAGGAGAUGACACAGGCCGACGCCCUCGUCAGCCACGAGGAGCGCGAGCGCAUGCAGUCCGAGACGCUCAAGAUGGUGUUCGCGUGCUAUUUCCGUGUCCUCAAGCAGCGCGAGCCGCACCUGAUGGGAGCAGUUCUCGAGGGUCUCGCCAAGUACGCGCGUCUCAUUAACCAAGACUUCUUCGGCGACCUGCUGGAAGCCCUCAAGGACCUGAUCCGCCACAGCAUCCAGGACGCCAACGCUGCCGAGGCAGAGGAGAACGGCGACGACGCUGCCGAAGUCGACAACGACCAAGACGAUGAAGAAGGCGACGGCACCGAGCCCCCGCGCAACCUCACCCGCGAGGCGCUGCUCUGCACCGUGACCGCGCACACGCUUCUCGCCGGGCAAGACGCCCACAACUCGCGCAACGACCUCCAUCUCGACCUCUCCUACUUCACCACCCACCUCUACCGCUCUCUUCUCGACCUUUCCACCAACCCCGACCUCGAGCUCACCAAGCCCCCAAGCUCAACCUUUGCCGCCCAUCGCUACUCGCGCAUCAACGUGCAAACCACGACCGUCCUGCUCCUCCGCUCCCUGACCGCCAUCCUCCUGCCGCCGUGGAAUAUUCGCUCCGUGCCCCCGCUGAGACUGGCGGCCUUUACAAAACAACUCAUGACCUCCGCGCUGCAGUUACCGGAAAAGUCGUGUCAAGGCACGUUAGCGCUGCUCGGGGAUGUCGCGCACACACAUGGGAAGAAGGUCCGUAGCUUGUGGAACACAGACGAACGUAAAGGCGAUGGGCGAUUUAACCCUGCCAGUGACAGUGUGGAGGGAAGCAACCCCUUCGCGACGACUGUCUGGGAGGGCGAGCUACUACGCAAACACUAUUCGCCAAAAGUAAGAGAAGGCCAUCAGCUGUUGGUAAAAGGCAUGAACUCAAAAUAG